AUGGCUCGUAAGAACGCAACCAAACUGGCCAAACCGAAGGCUAAAUCAACUUCCACAUCCAAAAAGAGAAGUUCAAGAAAAAUCUUGGAUGCUUUCCAAAUCGCAGAACGUGCCGAAAAUAAAUCUGAUUCCGAUGAGGACAAUUAUAGUGACGAUGAUGAAGCUGGUCCACAAGUCCAUGAUGGUAUUCUUGACGCCAGUAGGUUCUUAAAAGAAGGUGCAAAUGAUGAAGAUGAUGAAUUUGAGGAUGAAGAAUUGGAUUCUGAUGAAGCACUUGGAUCAGAUGAUGAUUAUGAUGUUUUGAAUUCGAAAUUUUCUCAGACUAUUAGGGAUAAGAAAAAGCGAAAUAAAUUGAAAAGCAAGAACAAAGGGAAGGAUAUUGAUUUAGGUGAAAGUGAAAGUGAAGAUGAUGAGGGAUAUAGUAGUAUUGAUGAGAAUCAGUUGGUUACAUUAUCAGAAGCUUGGGAUAUGGAUGAUAAAGACUUAGCUGAAACCCAAGGUAUUUCUCAAUCCAACAAUAAGAAGAAUGAAAUAGUCUUAAAUGAAACCUGGGAAUCCGCCUCCUCUUCCUCAUCCGAAUCCGAAUCCGAAGAAUCCUCCUCUUCUGAAGAAGAAGAGGACCAAAGCUCAGAUGAAGACAUCUUCGACAACGCCUCCGAUGACAACGAAAUCAAUCUCACCACCACCACAUCCACCCUCCAAUCCAAAAUAAAACUCCCCAAAGAUCGUCGAAAACUCAUCAUCGAACCGCGAACCGAAAACGAAUUCGCCAUCCCCACCCCUCAAGGCACCACCCUCUCCCUUCAAGAAAUGAUGUCCGCCGUCAAUGACACCUCCAUCACCCAAUCCGCCAUCCUCAUCGAUCCGGAAUCAAAACCGUUGACUACUCCAUUACCUAAACGGAUCCAACAGCGUCAUGAUCGUGGCGCGGCGUAUGAGAUUGCAAAAGGCGAGAUAUCGAGAUGGGAAGAAACAGUUCAGGCGAACAGACAGGCUGAGGUAUUGAAAUUCCCCAUGAAUGCGCCAUCCACAACUCAUAAUGACAGCGCGAUUACGUUUCGUGAAAGUUCAUCUGGUGUGAGUAGUGAAUUGGAGAAGAGGAUUGGAAAAGUAUUAGAAGAAUCGGCGUUGGUUGAUGAUACCAAAGAGGCCAAAUUUGAAGAAAUCGCCGUGGGGAAAUUACUGCCUGAAGAGAUGAAGAAACGGACUCAAGAAUUAAGAUUGAUGAGAGAGCUUAUGUUUCGUGAUGAAAAGAGGGCGAAGAGGAUUAAGAAGAUUAAAUCUAAGCAAUAUCAUAAAAUCCAAAAGAAAGAAAGAUUACGUAAUCAAGAACUCGUUGAUGAAUUGGAAGGAGGAGAUGAAGAUGAUGAUGCGGAUUUGAAGCGAGCACAGGAAAGAAUGAGUCUUAAACACAAAACCCAAUCUUCAUGGGCCAAACUGAUGAUCAAAUCGGGAUUGAGCAAGGAUGCAUCCAACAGAGCCGAAUUGGAAGAAAUGUUGAGACAGGGGGAGAAAUUACGUGAAAAACAAAUGGGAUUCCCCGAGGGUGAAGGAGGAUCGGAUGAAGAUGUUUCCGAUAUCGAAAGAGACUAUAAUAAUGAACAAGAGAUUGAUACAAAGGGGUUAGGAAAGGGGGUUAUGGAGAUGGAAUUUAUGAAGAAUGCAGCUGCUAGAGAUCGAGCUGAUAAUUUACAACAAUUGGAAUUAUUACGAAAGCUUGAAAAUGGCGAUGAUUUGGAUUUAUUUGAUGAAGAAGGGGAAAGUGGUGCUGUUAAUGUGGUGAAGAAUCAGGGGAGGAGGGUAUAUACGCCACAAGCAUUAGACCAAGUUGAUGAGAUGGCUGAAGUUAACAAGAGGACCAUCGAGGAGGUUUCGGAAGAGAGGGAAAGGGGAUUAGCUGGGAAGUUGAGUAAGAAAUUCACCGUCGUCGAUAAUUCUUCCUCCAAGGAAUCAUCAUCUCAACCAAAGAAGCAAGUCGAUACUACUACUACCGACGAUUCAAAUCCAUGGUUGACAGCCACAACCACCAACGAACCAAGUCAAAAAUCCACCAAAAUCACCGCCGUGGAACAAACUUCAUCCAAACUCGCAAAAGCCGCCGCUAAGAUCGCAAAAUCCAAACAACGCAAACAUGGCAAAUCCUCCACCGACAACAACACCAUGAUUGAAAUCAACGAUACAUUACAGCUCACCUCCGUUCAUGAUUCUGAAGAUGAAGGAGAAGUUGACGAAGAUGUUCCUACCAUGUUUAAACAAAAAGAAUUAAUCAGACAAGCGUUCGCCGGUGAUGAUGUCGUGGCUGAGUUCGAAUCCGAGAAAAAACGGGUGGCUCAAGAAGAAGGAGAUCAGGAAGAAGACCUCACCCUUCCAGGAUGGGGAGAUUGGGCAGGUGAUGAUUCCAAAAAGAACAAACGUAAAAAGAGAAAGGUGGUUCGGAUUGUUGCUGGGGUAGUACAAGAAGAAAAACGUCGUGAUAAAAACUUGAAAAAUGUAAUCAUAAAUGAAAAAGUCAACAAAAAGAACUUGAAAUAUCAAUCUAGUGAUGUUCCAUUCCCAUUUGAGAGUAGGGAACAAUAUGAAAGAAGUUUGAGAAUGCCGGUGGGACAAGAAUGGACAAGUAGGGAGACACAUCAGAGAUUAACUAUGCCGAGAGUCAUAACUAAACAAGGUACCGUUAUUGAUCCAUUGAAGGCGCCAUUUAAGUAG